AUGCCGAAGAGCCGAGCUUUGUCACAAUCCGAAAUUGUGGAUCCAGUCCAAUUGGAGAGCAUGAUGAGAAAUAUAAAUAAUGAACUUUUCGAUAAGAUAGAAAAAAGAUUGAAAAAAUUUGAAAAUAAGUUAAAUAAAAUUAAAGGUAAUUUGGAUAUAUUAAAAGAAAAAAUUCAUUUACAAGAAACAAAAUUCUUAGCAAAUGAAAAGAAAGUUGAGCAAUUAGAUUUAAUGCAAAGGAAAAAUACGUUAAAAUUCGAAGGGUUAGCAGACGAAGAAGAUGAAUAUUUACUCGAUAAAAUUUUAAAACUAAUUAACCAAGGUAUGAAAGUAAAAUGUGAAGAAAGAUACAUUAAUGAGAUGUACAGGCUGGGUAAAUCAAAGAAAAACGAAAACCCAAGAUCUGUUAUUGUAAAGUUUGUUACAUAUAUAGAAAGAAAGGAGGUCUAA